AUGAUUAGUGCAAAGGAUUUGGUGACAUUGCUUUCAUUACUGUCGGAAGAGGAUAAACCAUUGGAGACAGUGUCGACGACAUUCAAUAGAACGUUCAAUAAGAAUGAUCAUUUCAAGACUGGUUGUGCAAUCUACACCAUGUUGAAGGAUGGUUUCAUUCGAGUGCCUUCACAUCGUCUCAACUCAUUUUACAUACUCUACAGUCUAUAUAAACACGAUCAUCCUACCAUUCAACAAUAUCAAAGUAUAACUUCUUCACAAUCGAAUUCUUCAUCAUCUUUGACAGAUAACAGCAACAGCAACAACACCGAUUCAUCUGAUAACAAUAGUGGGAGCAAUAACAACAACAACAGCAAUAAUAAUAGUAUCGAUACAUCAUCUUCAUCAUCAUCACCUUCAACAACAACAACAAACCCAUUAUCAGAAUAUCCAAUUGUAUUUAAUCCAUUCCUUCCAGUUUUUAUUGAUGAAUUAGAAAAGCAUCAGAAUCAACAGCAACAACAACAACAACAUGCAUCAAAGUAUCUGACACCUGUAGAGAGACAGUAUUUAAUACAAUUCUUGACUCAUCUACCUAAAGAUUUCUCGAAAAAGACACCAAAUGAAGUUGAACAACAAACAGUAAACAGUGAACUAACAACACCAGAUUUAAAUGAAUAUAGAAAGUUCUAUUUGGAAAGACUUGCACACCAUUCAUUCCCUUCACUAAGGAGUAUAGGUGUAUCGCCAACUUUAUUUUUUCCAGAACAACAACAACAACAGCAGCAGCAGCAACAGCACCAACAAACAAUACCACCAGCACAACAACAAACUAAUACAUCAUCAUCAUCAUCAACAUCAUCAGUAUCACCGAAAAUCAAUAGUAAACAUAAUAAGAAUAGUAAUAACAAAGAUAAUAGUAGCAGCAGCAGCAACAACAGUAACAACAACAGCAAUUCCAUACAAGAUAUAAAUAUACAAUCUAAAGAGUUAAGCCUUUUUUCAUUCGAACCUAAUUUUAAUAGACCACCUCCACCACUUUAUGAACAUACAAACAUGAUUUGGAUCAAUACUACGAUAACACAUGGAUUAUUAUUGAGUCCGACGAUGGGAUUCACUUCCGUUACAAAUCCAAAGAGAUUGGUUAGAGAUCUUAUGUCAAAGGCAAUCAGAGGCAGACUAAAAAAGACACAAAUUCAACAAAUAAAAGCAGAGUUAGAUGCAGAUCCAAAGUUAGUAUUGUACUCUGGAUUGGUACCGAAGAAACUACCGAAUCUAGUGGAGAACAAUACACAGGUUGCCAUCGAUGCGCUACUUAAGCUGAUUCACUCACCAGACUUUAAGGAUUACUUCCAAGAGUUGAUCUCGAUGGAGAUGAACUAUCGAUCGAUGGAGGUGGUCAAUGCUCUCGCCACGUCCGUCGAGCUACCCAGCCACUUCAUACCGAUGUACAUCAGCAACUGCAUCACCACGUGCAACAACAGCAAAGACAAGGCAAUGCUACAGCGAUCGGUGCGUCUCGUCUGUGUCUUUAUACAAUCUCUCAUCAGAAACAACAUCAUCAACAUCAAGGAUCUAUUUGCAGAGGUACAGGCAUUCUGUUUGGAGCACGCCAAGAUUCGUGAGGCAAUCGGUCUUUUCAAAUUGAUGACUGAAGAGAAAAAUAAUGGAAAUUAA